AUGAACCACAGUUUAUUUGAAAACUGUUCUUAUCAUUAUCCAAAUGAGCCUUCAUUCGAAAAUUGUACACUUACUACUGCUCCCUGUGUUCUAAUUCAAGAUUUGAAUACAGCAAUUUCUGUUAAUUUCUAUGCAUAUUAUGUCACAAUAUCUCUGUUUUCUGUGGCUGCUCUCGCCAACUGUUACUGCCUUUGCAUAACAGUUCCAUUGUUUUUCGAAAUGGAAGAGGAGUCAAAGAAACGAUAUAUAUUUUUGUUGACUCGAUGCUUAUCCUGCAUCUGUAUGGUCUUUUCAAUGAUAUUAACUACAAGUGUUUUCGAACAAAUUCUCACUCCAAGUUCAUCGAAUUUCUUUAUUUAUGCCCCAUUGGCUAUUGCCAGUACCACGUGUAUGUUUGGUCUAUUGGGCUCUUAUGUUGGAUUAGCUCUUCUUCUUUACAUUGGAGUGAUGUAUCCAAUGAUAUUCAAAACUCAAAUUUCUCUACGUUUGGUUUAUCUCAUGGUUUCCUCUAUCUAUUUGGUUUCUCUUCUAAUUUCAAUUCCCAUUGGAAUAUUUCAAGCAGCGAUUCAAAGUCCCGGAGGAUUAAUUAAUUGCACUCAGAAAACUUGUGUUCCUUGGGUCAAUUUAAUUGAAUUUAUAAUUUCUGGAAUUUGUUUGGUUUUCACAAUCGCCAUAUUGUUUUUCGUCUUUAUUUCUUUAGUGCGGCAUAAUCAAAAAUUGAAAAGAACUGAUACACUGUCUUCAUCAGCGUCUUCUAUGAAAAGAGUUCGUCGUCGUCUUGGAUGGGCAAUAAUAGCAGUAAUAUUCAUAUCAGCUGCUCAAAUUAUUCCAUACUUAUACUUGUUGGAUGUUGCUCCACAUGAUGUUGAUACUUGUAAUGGAUUUUAUAGAUCAAAUAAGUUUAUGGGAGAAGUGAUUGCCGGAUUCGCUGAGUCUCUCGUUUGGAUAUUCGUAUUUCUAUUCGACCCGAUUGCCAACAUUUUCUGCGACAAAAAAAUGUCAGAAAAAGUGAAAAAUCAGUUCAAAACGCUGAAUGACAGAAUGCCAAAUGCAGCACUUGCUUCAUCACUUGUUCCACGAUGA